UGUUGUAAUUAUAUUCACAAUGACAAAAUGGAGAUGAUGUAAACAAGACUCUUCACCGUCUCCAAUACAAUUCCAUCUAGAGGUCUUGUGUAUCAUGGAGAAGCUAUUUGAAGGAGUCAGUACAUUACAUUACGGGAGGGUAGGGAGCAGAGAAGAGGUCCCUGUUAGCAGUUUAGAAGGACCAGGGAAAGUCCUGGGUCUGUAUUUCAGUGCCCACUGGUGUCCUCCUUGUAAUCUCUUCACUCCAGAGCUCGUCGGCUGGUAUAACAGACUGAGAACAAGCGGUAAGGAUAUACAAGUGGUCUUCAUUAGCUUCGAUAACAAUGAGGAGGAUUAUGAAGAACAUUUCAGCACAAUGGAUUGGCUUGGUCUGCCUUUUAAACACAGAGAGAUAAAGGCUAAUCUUGUCAGAAAGUACAAGAUAUCCGGAGUUCCUUCUCUAAUCCUCAUCAAUGCACAUACCUCUUCUCUUAUAUCAAAGGACGGUCGUUACUACGUUCUCAACGACAGAGAAGGUGACGGAUUUCCAUGGACUCCAGAGACACUCGAGGUCUGCUUGUCGUCAGGUUUUUUGGAAGACAAGGAAGGUCUUGACUUGUCUUGGGUCGACAUUAAGGACAGUUUAAAAGUCCUUGGUCUUUUCUUUUCUGCUCAGUGGUGUCAGCCGUGUCAAUCCUUUACAUCACAGCUUAUCAGUUUUUACGAAAAAAUGAAGAAAAAGUUUCCAUCGCAAUUUGAAGUGAUCUUUGUAUCAUCGGAUCUUGAAGAGUCAACAUUUAAAGAAUAUGCACUUAAAAUGCCUUGGAUCACAGUCCCUUUUAAGGAUCAAAAAUGUCAGAAAUUGAGGCAAAUAUACAAUAUCUCAGAUAUUCCUACACUGGUGAUAGUUAAUCCGCAAUCAGGCGACGUUAUCACGGAUAACGGCCGAACCAUGGUUACCAUUGACCCCAAUGGAAUGGAAUUUCCAUGGUACCCUAAACCUCUUGAGGUACUAGAUGAAGCAUCGAUUAAUAUCGUGAAUGAUAAUGUAUCACUGGUAUUGUUCACUGAUGGCUCUCCAGACCAGGUACAAAUGGCUCUAACAUUACUAUCGCCAGUUGCAGAGGAAAACUUUAAAAAUAAUUCAGGCAGAGACGACAAAGAUACGAUUAAGUUUUUCUACUCAAAUGACAGCGAUCUCUCAGCCAGUCUCAGAGAAGAGAUACUAAAGAUCCCAGAGGUUUUUCCACUACUGGCGCUGGUUGAUAUACCAAGUCAAAGGAAGUACGUGUGUGAUACUAACAACAUUAAUGAGGAGACAAUCGCAAGUUUAUUAUCAUCAUUUAAUAGCAAUACAGUACAAUGGAGCAAACUUAACUAGUCUUCUUCUAUACAUGACAUUAAUGCACGGUAUUGGUAUAACACCGUAUAAUAAUACAUUACCCUUUAAUUUCAAUCUUUUGUAAUACAUGAAUGUUACGGAUGUACUCAUUUUAAAAUCUUUAAUUUUAUUUGGUAAUUAUAA